AUGUCCUCCCCCUCCCCUGCGACGCUAGACUCGAUCCGAGCGCGCUACGCCGCCGCUGACCAAUCGCACGUUCUCCAUUUUUACGACACCCUCAACCCGACCCAACAACACUCCCUCCUCUCCCAACUCUCCACGAUCGAUCCAGAGCGCGUGAACCGCAUCUGCGCCAAAGCACGCGAGAUGGACGCAUCAGCUUCCUCUUCCUCUGCUCCAAGCGAAAGCGAAAGCGAAACGGAUACCUUCUCCCCUCCUCCCCGAGACCGCGUCGGCGUCAUCACUCCCGACUCGUCCAAUUCCCCCCAAGUACAAGAAUGGACCUCUCAAGGCCUCUCCUCGAUCCGUCGAGGCCAAGUGGCGAUCCUCCUGCUCGCCGGAGGACAAGGUACCCGUCUCGGUAGUUCGGCCCCGAAAGGUUGCUACGACAUUGGUCUCCCUUCGCACAAGAGCUUGUUCCAAUUACAAGCCGAAAGGAUCAAGAGGUUGCAAAUCGUCGCUCAAGAAGUGGGUGGAGAAGGAGUGGGGGAGGGGAAGAAUUUGGUGUGGUAUAUCAUGACGAGUGGUCCGACGAGGGGACCGACGGAGCAGUUUUUCAGGGAGAAUCGUUACUUUGGAUUGCAGGAAGGACAGGUCGUCUUUUUUGAGCAGGGUGGGUCUCAAGUGUGGCGUUGAGGUGAAGUACGACAACCAAAAACAAGCAUGCUGAGCGCCACUGAUAGACAUCCACAGGUGUGUUGCCGUGCCUCUCGAACGACGGCAAGAUCCUGCUCGACACCCCGUCCUCGGUCGCGGUCGCCCCGGACGGUAACGGUGGUCUCUACUCUGCUCUCGACUCUCCUCUCUCUUCCACCUCCUCGACAACGGUCCUCUCGGAUCUUCAAACCCGCGGCAUCAAGUACCUACACGCUUACUGUGUCGACAACUGCCUCGUUCGAGUCAGCGACCCGACCUUUCUCGGCUACUGCAUCUCUCAGAACGCCUCAUGCGGCGCCAAAGUCGUGACCAAAACUCAACCAACCGAAUCCGUCGGCGUCGUGGCGCUCAAAAACGAUCGUUACACCGUUAUCGAAUACUCCGAACUGCCAACCUCCCUCUCCGAAUCGCGCGACGAAAAGGGGGAGUUGUCUUACCGCGCCGCGAACAUUGCGAAUCAUUUCUACUCUCUCGAUUUCCUCAGCUCGAUCCGUACCUUUUCGGACCAAUUGACCUACCACAUCGCGUCCAAGAAGAUCCCCCACAUCUCAAUCCCUUCCGGCAAUCUCGUCAAGCCCACAACCCCAAACGGUAUCAAACUCGAAUUAUUCAUCUUUGACGUCUUCCCCUUCGUCGAACCCCCCUCAUUCGCUCUUCUCCAAGUUUCACGCUCAACCGAUUUCUCCCCCCUUAAGAACGCCCCAGGAACGGGAAGUGACGAUCCUUUCACUUCUCGACGCGAUCUAUUGAACGAACAUCGAAGAUGGUUGAUCGAAGCGGGAGCGGAGCUCGAAGAAGGGGUUCAAGUCGAAUUGAGUGCUUUGGUCAGUUAUGCGGGCGAGGGAUUGGAUUGGGUUAAGGGGUGUAAGGUGAGGAGGAGUGGGAGGGUUGAGAAGAGGGAGGAUUGGGAGGGGUUGUGUUUGAGUGGUUCGGGGUCGUUGGUUUGA